AUGGAGGAUGGUGAUAUUCCCAAAAGAGUCUACGAAAAUAGAAUUUACCACACAAGGAUGGUGCUCCAGGAUGCUCCAGGCACCGGAAAUGGAUCGAUCUGGAUGGCGAAAGCUCCUAGAGGAAGGAAGUCAAGACCCAUCCCCGGUGAACUGGGCAGGGACCACUAUGCCCUCGAAUGUAAGGCAAUACAUCCGCGAGAAAAACAAACUACAAUUAGCAGCGGUACAAUAACUUCUCGGAGAAGAAAAAGAACCAAUAAACCUCAAUAA